AUAAAACUCGUGAGAUACGCUCGUGAACGACGAAUCGUACGUGGUUGGUCGAACAGGAACGUAGUGCUGUCACGCGCGUGUACAAAACUCGUGCGUCUCGAACACACACCGAAACGGUAUUACACAACGAAAAGAGGGAAACGGAUCCGUGGCGAUUCCUCGAAUUGUGCCGAGAGCCGCUCGCUUUCUCGCCGGACCGUCCACCGAAAUCGCGUGAAACACGAAGCUUCUAGAGGGCUUGCAGUUCGGGGUGCAACAGCGAGGGGAGGGUAAUGAAAACAUCGAAGUUAUCCUCGAGUGACAUGAUCAAACAGAUAAGGGACAUCUGCAAGGACCUGAUCCUGUCCGAUGACCAGCUUCGAAUGGUCAUGCAGAAGCUGGACGAUGAGAUCAACAAAGGUCUAUCGAAGGAGACUCACAACUCGUCGAUUGUGAAGUGUUUCACGACCUACGUGCAAGACCUUCCUAAUGGCACCGAGAAAGGUAACUUUCUGGCCCUGGAUCUGGGCGGUACGAAUUUCAGGGUGCUGUUGAUCACCCUCGACGGUCAGAACUUCGACAUGAAGAGUAAAAUCUAUGCGAUACCGCAAAGUUUGAUGUUAGGAACCGGUACACAACUGUUCGAUCACAUAGCCCAAUGUUUAGCGCAAUUCGUCAAGGAUCUGAAGCUUCACGAUCAGGUUCUACCUCUUGGAUUCACAUUCAGCUUUCCAUUGAGUCAGCAUGGAUUGACCAAGGGUCACCUGGUCAGGUGGACGAAAGGGUUUAACUGCAGCGGAGUGGUGGAUCAGGAUGUGGUCGCUCUGCUCGAGGAAGCAAUAGCAAGAAGAAACGACGUGAAAAUCGACGUGUGCGCCAUUCUAAACGACACUACGGGCACGUUGAUGUCCUGCGCCUGGAAAAACAGAAACUGCCGUAUCGGACUUAUCGUCGGAACCGGAACGAACGCCUGUUACGUGGAGAAAACCGAGAACGUGCAGUGCGCGAUCCCAGGUAACUACGCGCCGCAGAAGCCUCACAUGCUGAUCAACACCGAAUGGGGUGCAUUCGGCGAGGGUGGCGUUCUCGAUUUCGUUCUCACGGAGUUCGAUCACGACAUCGAUCGGAACUCUAUCAACCCGUCUAAACAGUUAUUCGAGAAGAUGAUCUCGGGAAUGUACAUGGGUGAAUUGACGAGGUUGGUCCUCGAGAAAGUGGUGAACGCCGGAUUACUGUUCGGCGGAAAGUGUCCCACCGAUCUCAAGAAACGCGGCAAAUUCUUCACGAAAUACGUCUCAGAAAUUGAAAUCGACGCGAAAGGAAAGUAUACGAACUGCCGCGAGAUAUUAGCAGAAUUAGGAUUGCGAAACGUGAGCGAUCAGGAUUGCGAGAACGUCAGGUACGUUUGCUCGGUGGUGUCGAGGAGGGCAGCUCAUUUGGCCAGCGCUGGAAUUGCCACGUUAUUGAACAAAAUGGGCGAAGACAACGUUACAGUAGGGAUCGACGGCUCGGUAUACAGAUUCCACCCGUACUUUCACGAUCUUAUGACCGAGAAGAUAAACCAGUUGCAGAGCCAUAAGUUCGACUUAAUGCUGUCAGAGGAUGGUAGCGGACGUGGAGCGGCGUUGGUCGCCGCGGUGGCCGCCGCACACCGGUGAAGACAACGACUGUGCCGCGUCUCUUCAACUUAGAAAUUAACACUUUUCCGGCGGGCGUUUCGGGCGAGAACUUUCGUUAACCGCGGGCAGGCAUGUUUGGCGGUCGCUCAAACAGCACCGACCGUUGUAACAAACAUUAUUUGUAUAGUAACUAUUAAAACUGUCGUUAUAUAAGGAAUUAUAUCAUUAAUAAAUGUUUUUUAUUAAUGUACAUCGAUAUUUUAUUCCGGUAUGAUGAUAUAUUUCGAAACGUUUUCCUACGUGUGAACCGAAACGCCGCGAGAAGAGCACAACACGGAACGUAACAUUGCAGGCUCUUCGUGGAUCUUGUAUAGUACACCUCUUCCUAUUAUGUCAGUAAUUCUGUGCUAGUUUCUUUUCAUUUCUGCACCUUCGCUACUAUCUGACAGAUUUCAUCACUGUCACUACAUAUGUACAUCAAUAUCUGACAAAGGGCCAGCAUAUAUUUCGUCGCGAUUUCUCCUACUCGCCAUUGUUGAUAAAAAUUACAAAUUUAAAAAAAAAACGCACUGGAAAACUCGCUAACCAAAAUUAACAGACACUACUCUUCUCAACUGGCGAAGAUUAUGCCGAAAUAGACGAAAUAAACGUAAAUCUUUUGGUUUGAUAUUCGACGAACGAGAAAAAUGCAACACGCCCGCUUAAAGGCGCUUAGGGUCGAAAGUUACCACGCGCACACGACGACGCCCGCCGUGAAAGUGUUAAGUUAUAUACGCAGUAACGAUACAAAUUUGACACACCGUUAACAUACACGUACACAGAGCUAUGCAUGAAGUCACACGUAUGCGUCGAGGAGAUGAUGUGUAAAGUCAAAGAAAUCGAGUUAGCCAUUCAAAUGUUAAAAAAAAUAUGAGUGAGAGAGAGAGAGAGAGAGAGAGAGAGCGAGAACGAGAGAGAGAGAACGAGUGUGUAACUGUGUCUGUUCGAUAGAGAAAUUAUACGUGUGUGAGAAUGAAGACCGUAUGGAAAAUGGGAGAGAUUGAAAGUGAGCUUCAUACGCACUUGUACAUAGAGCAUAAAAUGUAGCCUAGACGCGUCGAAACUGAACAGUACUUGCAAACAAUUUCCUCAUUUACAAGCCGACGAAACGUGGUGCUCUCACGUUUUCAGUUUCGCCAGAUCGCAAGAGCGAGAUCGAGAAAGUAGAGAAAAAAGUGAAGAAAAUCCACGAAACGUAACUUUUCCCUCCCCCCACCUCUUUCAGUGUUUUCAUAUGGAAAUGUGGUUGUACGCAAACGAUUUAAAUAAACCACUCUAACAAAUAACGAUCUGAAACAAAACAAACAAGUUCUAUACUACUGCCAUAAGUGCAACCGGAUAAGUUACACACAGC